CCCCUGGUGCAUGGGGUGAGGCUUUGUCCCGUCCCAAACUGUUCUGACAGCAUUUUGUUUUUCUCUCUUGCUAAAUACUAAGCACUUGGUCUUGUAAAGAGUUGUCUGCUGGGGCAUAUCACGCAGCUCUGUGCAGGAUGGACUUGGGACUGGUGACCUAUCGAUCGUUAAUGCUAUAAUUGCACAGUUACACUAGUGUUCUCCGGGAGACUCCCACAGCAUGGGGCUCUCUCUAGGGGCCUCUCUAACUCGGUGUGGGUCUGGUUUGGGGUCUGUGUAAAGUUAAUUAUUUAUGCUUUUGUUUGCAUUUUUAAGACACUUUUGUAGAUUCUGCUGAAUGCAUGUAACAUUGAAUAAUGUAAUAGUGAAAGGCUAAGACUCGCUCUGGAGGCUGAGACGGUGCUUUGGCUGACUGUAUACAAGAACGUGUGGGGAGAACCAAGCUUAGGAUGAAAGAGUGGUGGAUUCAGGUGGGGCUGCUGAGCGUACCCCUCCUUGCUGUCUACCUGCACAUCCCUCCGCCUAAGCUGUCCCCAGCCCUUCACUCAUGGAGGGCGUCAGGAAGGUACUUCACAUACAAGACCCAGAACAUCUUUUACAGAGAUUCAUCGGGUGCACUCGGCAGUUCAGAUAUUGUGGUUCUGUUACACGGCUUCCCAACCUCCAGCUAUGAUUGGUACAAGAUUUGGGAAGGGCUGACCCAGCGAUUUCACAGGGUGAUCGCUCUGGAUUUUGUAGGAUUUGGUUUUAGUGACAAGCCUAGGCCCCAUCACUAUUCCAUUUUUGAGCAGGCCAACAUCGUCGAGGGGCUGCUGGGGCACCUGGGUCUCCGAAAUCAGAGGAUCAACCUCCUGUCUCAUGACUAUGGAGACACAGUUGCGCAGGAACUGCUCCACAGGUAUGAACACAAUAAAACUGGAUGUGUCCUGAUCAAUAGCCUAUGUUUAUCCAAUGGAGGUAUUUUCCCAGAAACUCAUUACCCCAGGUUCAUUCAGAAGAUUCUCAAGGAUGGUGGCCUACUGUCCCCCAUCAUCACCCGGCUAAUGAACUACUGCCUCUUCUCAAGAGGACUUGGAGCAGUCUUUGGUCCGUAUACGCAGCCUUCAGCUGCGGAAUACUGGGACAUGUGGACAGCAAUCCGGACAAAUGAUGGAAAUCUUGUUGUUGACAGUAUUUUACAGUAUAUAAAUCAAAGAAAGAAGCACAGAGACCGUUGGAUUGGGGCUCUGACAUCCACCUCUGUUCCAUUGCAUCUAAUCUAUGGGCCCUUGGAUCCUGUAAAUCCAUAUCCAGAGUUUCUUCAGCUCUACAGGAAGGUGCUUCCCAUGUCUACAGUCUCUGUUCUGGAUGACCACAUUAGCCACUAUCCACAGCUUGAAGAUCCUAUGGGCUUCCUGAAUGCAUAUUUGAACUUCAUCAACUCCUUCUGAGCAGCUACGUAGUCUUUCCCUCUCAUGCUUUGGUUCAGAGGUGUUUGGGAAAGAUCCUGCUUUUAUUUCCAGACCGGACACUUACCUUUCCUGUGCAGAGUGAUCUUUGGGUAUGUUAGACUGCUGCAUAUGUGUAAGGAACUGAACCUUUGGACACUGGGAAGGAUUAACCUCGAGGGAGUUGUGAACGACCAUGUGAACAUCCAAGGGAAGUUACUGAUAGUAGUUCUGGUCCUGGGCCAGAAGGGAACUAGUGGUAAGGACGAGGUAGGUCACAGGGGGAGGAAAGAUAACACUGCUAAUCAUGCUAUUCCAAGACUCCUUCCCUGUCCUUGUGGCCAGAAGAAGCCCGGCCUAUUCCAGGAAGCCAUUUGCAACCACAUGCCAAUUAGCUUGUUUCUAGAACAGAAAGUGGCACAGUAGAUCUUUCUCUUCUCUGAAAGUGCAUUUAACUGACCUACUGAACAGACAAGUUUUAAAAUGGGAAAAUAUCUACAUUAUAAAGAUGUGAACAAGUAAUUAGUUGUCAGGCAUGGUUACCUAAUUCUUCAUUGGAAGGGCUUGUCUACACAUUAACUAUACUGCUCUAGUUAGGGCAGCAAAAUCCCCUUCGUGUGAAUAGUUAUACUGGGGUAUGAGCACUUCUCUUGGUAGAACUGUCUACAGAAGGGCUUUUACUGGCACAGCAUCUCCCCUGACUAGCCCAGUUAUGCCAGUAAAAUGUAAGUGUGGAACAGUCCUAAAAGGCAAGUUUCCUUAACCACUAUUAGUAGUAGUCAACUCCAUAAUGUAAUAAGGUGCAAAUUAAAUUGCACUGUAGCCUCACCAGUAUGUCAUGGAAGAGAGGUGCUCUACUGUGCCAGAAUCAGCCUGAAGCACAAAGUCAAGAGGGCUCUUAGAUAAAUUGUGUAGUAUACACAUAGCUUAACAAUCCUAAAACUGAUUGCCACUAUUAAAGCAAUAACUACUUUAAACCACAGGAAUGUAUAAAGUAUUAAAAACAAGUUUUAAAAAACCCAAAGUACUGGCUCUGCUGCAUACAGAGGCUUUAUGUGACCUCAUACUGUGGAAAGUAGUAUCUUUCCUAAAGAGUUGCAAGUCCUCCCCUUAAAAGGGACAGUGUUUAACUCAGUUUUAGGCUGACGGUUCAGAACUGAAGUCAUAUGCCUUUCACACAGCACCAGAGGCAGAAACAUUACAAAACUGAUUGUCAAGCCAAGUUGGCAGGAGGACUGAGAACCACUGCUUUUUGCAACUGAACAGAUUUCUAGUUACUAGCAUCCCAUCAAGAGGAAAGGUUUUCCAGUAUGGGCUGCUUUGUGCUGAACUGAGGUUUGUCAGUUGCUGUGGCAAAACUUUUAACGAUUCUAUUUUAUUAGCAACAAUUCAACAACUUGAAACUGGAAUGAUCAAUGUUUAUUUUCUGUUAAUAAAAAUCUGUUUUGACAAAA